AUGUCUUUAUAUGGCAGCUUCCUGUCGGACGAGCAGUUCCUGUGCUCCAUCUGCCUGGACGUGUUCUCCAGCCCUUCGUCCACGCCGUGCGGACACAGCUUCUGUAUGAGCUGCAUCAGCACAUACUGGGAUGGAUGCAAGGUUUGCCAGUGUCCUCUGUGUAAGAGAACCUUCCCGAAGCGUCCGGACCUGCAGAUCAACCGGACGCUGCGGGAGAUCACCGAGCAGUUCAGAUACAUGAAGGGAGGAGGAGGAGGAGGAGUGGAGACGGAGAAGAAGAGAGGAGGAAGAGGAGACGGAAACAUACCCGAUUAUUUACUGGAUGAACUGAAGAAGAAGUUUCCUCGAGCGCCGGCAGAGACGCCGACGUGUGAGACUCGGUCACCGGAAAACGACCCCACCCAUCAGCCGCUGGCCUCCUCGGCGCCGCCCCCCCCGCCGCUCGGCCCCCCCAGCACCCGCCGACGCUUCACCAUGAGCGGGGCGGCGAGCAGCCAGAGCGCCGCCGUCUGCGGGAUCCACAGCCGCGGCGUCACGGUUUACUGUCGGACCGACCGCGUGUGCGUCUGUCCCGACUGCGACGCCGAGCAGCAUCAGGGUCACGAGACGGUGUCUGUGGAGGACGAGUGGACGGAAACCAGGUCGCAGCUCAGUGCGUCGUCGCAGGAGAUCCAGGAGAUGAUCAGAGAGAGAAUCAGGAAGAUUGAAGAGAUCAGAACGUCAGUGAGUGAACUGGAGCUGGCGGUGGAGCGGGAGACGGCCGGCAGCGUCGGCCUCUUCUCCGCCCUGGUGUCGGCCAUCGAGCGCUCGCAGGCGCAGCUGAUGGAGGUGAUGGAGAUGAGCCGGCGGGCGGCCGAGCACCAGGCCGACGCCAUGAUCCGACAGCUGGAGAUGGAGGUCCAGGAGCUGCGGAGGAGAGAGAGCGCCCUGGCCGCGCUCGCCCAGUCCGACGACCCCAGUCACGGCGUCAAGACGUUCCACCUUCUCUCCACUCCUCCUCCCACCAAGAACUGGUCGGGGGUGUCCGUGACCUCUGACCUGGGAUCAGGGACCAUCUACAGGUCGCUGGUCGCUCUGCUGGAGAAGUUCCAGGAGGAGCUGAGGAACAUCUCAGAGAAAGGUUUUCCCUCCUCGGCGCUGGAGCCCAGUCCCGUCCGAGCGCAGCCACGAAUGAGGCGGGUGCAGGAGUACGCACUGGACGUGACUCUGGACGGAGACACCGCUCAUCCACGACUGAUCGUGAGCGACGACAUGAAGAGUGUGAGAUGUGGCGAGCGGCACCGGCUGCUCCCGGACCACCCGGAGAGGUUCGACAGGGUGGUGUGUGUCCUGGGGAGCGAGGUCAUCUCCUCCGGGAGACACUACUGGGAGGUAGAGGUGGGGGGGAAGACGGACUGGGAUCUGGGCGUGGCCAGAAAAUCCAUCAGCAAGAAGGGGAAGAUCGACGUGACCCCGGAGAACGGAUACUGGUUCCUCAGCCUCAGAAACAAGAACAAAUACGCCUUUCGCACCGAACCCUCCACAGACGUGUGCCUGACCCUCCGGCCUCAGAAGAUCGGUGUCUUUGUGGACUUUGAGAAAGGACAGGUGUCGUUCUACAACGUUGAUGCUAAGAUCCACAUCUACACCUUCAGUGACCCUUUCACCGAAUGCAUCCUCCCGUUCUUCAGCCCGUGCACAAACAAAUCCGGGAAGAACGAGGCGCCGCUGGUCCUCACGCCAGUGAACGCCACGGAGUGA